CGUGGACUAACUGCCACCUAUUGUCAAAGUGACAAACUAUAUUAUUGCUUUUGCAGAAUCGAAGUGCAUGCUGGUCCUGUGAACCGCUGUGAACAAUUAACAAGAGUAAGGUUAGGGGACAUUCGGGACAUUAUCGCUGCAUUGGCUAGGUCAGCGCACAGAGUUACUAGUAAAAUUGCACGAGACUUGAAUAAGAGGUUACAUCAUGUCUUUUUCUACGGAAGAUUCCACAUUCCCUACUGAUAACCUCAAAGACAGUGAACUUCAGGAAUUUCUAAUGGUAGAAAAGCAGAAAGCACAACUUAAUUCUCAGAUUCACGAAUUUAAUGAAUUUUGUUGGGACAAAUGUAUGGACAAGCCGGGAACGAAAUUGGACUCCAGAACUGAAACUUGCAUGGUCAACUGUGUGGAGCGCUUCAUAGAUGUUUCUUUACUUAUUACUACAAGAUUCACACAAUUGCUUCAGAAGAGUGCAAUGUAGGAGUUUAGUAAUACGAAUACAGUUUGUUAAAAUUCCUUUACUUGAGUUAAAUUCAAGUGUUAAUAGAAACAUUGCAUAAUUUACUAAAGGAAGAAAGUGAGUUUGUGCCACAAAUUUGUUGAUAAAUAAUGGAUUUUUAAUUUUGUAUGAAAUCACAUGUGAACAACAUUAAUCAUAAAAUCUAUCAAAAAUUGAGUUGAAUUUUAGUUCUUGCAGUUUCAAAUGUGUGUUAUGAUGCAAUUAUUGCUUUGUAAUUGAAGUCUCGAGACCUAGCCUGUUUUUUUUAUUACAUAUUUCUCAAGGUAAUGAGGAAAUGAAUGUUUUUGAUACCUUGAGUGGAAAACCUUGUUAUUAAUAAAUAGUUUUUUAUUGAAUAUUCUAUGAUGUAUAU